AUGCCGAAUUCAAGUCAUCGCGAUGGGCUCAUCGCCCUUGAUCUUCUAUGCCGUUGCUACGGUGCCCAUCUCCGUUGGCUUAUUCAGGAUAUGCCUUACGACUACGCGACGCGUCUGCUUGGUGCUGGGGCCAAGUUCAGGCAGCAGUGGGGAGGUAUUAAUUUCAUUGUAUAUUACCCUCCCGUGAUAUUCAGCUCUCAGUAUGUCUCACGACGGACUACCCUCGUUUUGUCCGUGCGGCACGCCAAGAACCUCAAGGCAUCAACAUGUGUUGGAGCCGCCUUCAUGGAAUCUGUCGGCCGCAAGCGUCUCAGCUUUGGGGUGCCUUAG